AUUUGAAAAGCUACCCGCUGCUUUCUACUAGUCUUGAAGAGACGUUUGAGAACAAAAUUCAGAACUUAUCGGAAGUUGGAUUAAUUGUAUUACUAUUGCUGGGAUAUAACAACCUAAAUUAAAACAUCUUUCAUUAGAAUAUUAAAAUGAGUGUAAACAAAAGAAAUAUUGAAAUCAAAGCUUGUAUAAAGGACAUUACUGAAUUAUUGGAAAAAGUUAAAAGCCAUAGUGAUACUAAGGAGGAAAUAAUUCGUCAAGAAGAUCAUUUCUUCAAUGCCAUCCAUGGAAGAUUGAAACUGAGAAUACUGGAGGAUGAUAAAGCUCAAUUAAUAUGCUAUGAAAGAGAUGAUAGAGCAGGUCCUAAACUUUCUAAAUAUUCCAUUGCUCUUUGUGAAGAUGCUGAAAACAUGAAAACUGUUCUUUCAACUUCUUUAGGAAUUAAAGGUUCUGUAAAAAAAACUCGACAUUUGUUUUUUAUUAAAAACACCCGUAUUCAUGUUGAUGAGGUUGAAAAUCUUGGAGAUUUUAUUGAAUUUGAGGUAGUACUUGAUGAAAAUCAAACUGAAGAGGAUGGAAAGACUGUUGCAUAUGAUCUUAUGAAGUUACUUGGUGUACAUGAAUCCGAUCUUAUAUGUGGAGCUUAUAUGGACAUGAUUUUGUCUACAAAAACAUAGUUCACAAUUUUAUUAUUAUAUGUUGUUUGUUGCAAUGAAAUUUAAUUGAAUUCGGGGGAUUUCGCAGUUUAUAACAACUACAUCUUCAUAGUAUCCUCCUUUUGCAACAUAUUUUCAUUUUAUUCUUCCUUUGGCUUAUUAAGUGCUGAUGAGGCUCUAUUUAUAUUAUACAACUUCCUAAAGUUGUUUAAAAAUCGAAUGUCUGUGAUUCUUAUAUGUAUUCGAAAGAUAGCUAUGUCCAGAAAAUAUUUAUCAUAGCAUAUUAAUUUGUUCCAAGUUUAAAAAUUUAAAAAUUGUUCAAUAAAAUUAGCCCAAUAUAUUUUUAAUAAAGGCUUAUAAUAUAUA